AUGAUUUGUUUCAAUGGGCCGUGGUCAAGGGACCUUGAGAGCUUGAAGAAAUCUGUGCAGUCGAUGCCGGAUCAGUACAAACCCUCCAUCGCCAGCGCAUCCAAAGCUACCCUCGAAACGAUCUGCAACCCCGAUGUGCUCCAUCUAUGGGAGACAGACUCGGACAUCGACAACCUUCUACAACUGACCUCCGUAGUCGCCAAAAUAUGUGACCUCGGUGUGCGCAAACAAAAGGGUGUCGAGUCGCAGGAUGGCAGUAUGUUCAUCCUGGUCGAAGAGAAGGAAGGCCGAAACAACUUUGGGCGUGUCUGCCAGCUGAUCGAGUACCUGACCGGUGCAGAUGGUAAAAUGCACCUAGAAGGCACCGUUGUCUCCUUUGGCAAGAUCGUCAUCGUUCGUGGCUGGGACAAUACCAUCUUAAGUGGCCAACAAGAAGCCAUGGACAAGACCAUCAAGCGUAUAAAUAUCGCCCUCGAGCGUGUCUUCAAACUUGGAAAUUUGAGCGGGGAUAAGAAGAAGAUUGUGUGGCAUCACGGGCCAGUGGUUCAUUUUCUCUUAUCAUGGAUCGCCAGAACAACGCCCACACUGCGUUCUUGCCUCGCUGGCGUAACAAUCACUGGAGCCUUUGACCUAACAAACAGCAUCUCACCCUCGCCCGCUGGCCGCACAAACACACUCGCUGCCCUUGAUCGUCUGGAGUCGUAUGCCAAGAGACUUAGAAUUCCCGUAGUCCUCCUUGAUGCAUCUUCUCAAUCCAUCACAGGCGACUAUCUAGCGACUUAUAUGUACUUUCACGCCUACUACAUCAACACCUUCCUCCCUUCCUCCCUCUCCCGUCCCCAUCUCCACAAAGCCCAAGACGAACUCAUUACCUUUGCAUUCCGCCUGCGUGCCGCCAGUGAAGGCCGGUAUGGUAGCGACGUCGUCCGCCAAGUACAGAAACAUCUCGAUGCGAGCACUGCUCGCCACUGGGCAACCGACUGCAUCAACAAAGCCAGCUACACAAAGGAAAAAUGCAGAGCUGCCGGCCGCGAAGAAGCUAUACACCAUGCCGUCAUCCUAGCUGAUGCUCCAUUCGCACGCUUCAGCUUUUCCGGCCUCAUUACCAGCAGCCGCAAUGGCAGUUCCAACACUGACGGUGUCUUGGGAAAAGGGAUCCCAGCCCUCGCCCGCCUCUCCAUUGGUCCUGCCUCGCCCUCCUCCUCCAUCCAAACCCACAACCUUGCCAUUCCCAUCUGCAUCUCCUAUCAAAACCGGAAAAUCCGCCCCGCCAACCCGUCACCCUUGUACAUCCUGAUCCCUAGGCCCGACCAAGACGCAGACAAAGUCUGUGCACGGAUUCAGGGACUCAUGAUGGCGGUGCUUGAGCGCGUGCGGCAAGAACACGGGAAUCCUGUGCUUGGGGGGAAGGAGAGGCGUAUGUGGGAGAGUGUUAGGAGGGCGUGUGUGUGGGCGUUUGAGGGGUGUGAAGACAAGUGUCCAGCUGGAGUGGAAGAGAAGAUGGCGUUUGUGAGGGAUAAGUUGGGGCAGGGGACGUGGAGAUGUGCGUUGUUUGACAAACAGGAUAAGGUGAGUGCUGGUGGUGCGGUCGCCGGAAAUGCUGGUACAAAUGCAAAUGCAAAUGCCGCUGCGGGGAUAGUGGGAGGUGGUUUUGGAGUCGCUGGGCCUACUAAUCCUGCUAGUGCUGGACAAGCUGUGCAAGAACCAGUUCGGAUUUAUGGGUUUGGACAAGGCACACAGCAGAGUAUGGGCACAUAUGGUACUGCUGGCCUCACAAACGGAUUCCAGGGCACUGCGGGACCGGUACAACAAACCCCAACCCUGGGAUUUGCGCCUCACUCGCACAUGCAAGGCCACGCUCACGCUCAGACUUCUGGUGCUGGUGAUGCUAACGACCCGGCUGUGUAUCAGAAUUACACUCAACCGCAGCCUCAACUCCAACACCAGUACCAAAACCAACCCCAACCUCACCCACUCACCCAAUCAUCUCUAAGUCCGCCCUUCACACACCAGUCACUACCACCACCACGGCCAAUGCCACAGCAGCAGGGACCAUACCAGCCACACCAGCAUCAGCAACAACAACUCCACAAUCAGCCACACGGACACGGACACGGACACCCACAACAACACCACCAACAGCAAUACCAACACCACCAGCAACAGCACUAUCUAAACCCCAACCUCACCGCCCCUUCCCGACGAGCUACAGCGCCGUUUCAGCGCACAGGGGAACUGUGGUGA